AAAAUGCCCCCCGAACUUGUUUGCUCCCCUUAUCAAAAUCAUUAUAGAAGAAAUCAGGAAGGCCUGCAAGAAACAUCCUUUAAAUUGCGGAUUUAAUCCUGGAGAUAACGCUUAUGAACCUCUUAAACUUAUGCAGACUGUGAUGGCCAAAACCAAUGAGGUUUGUUUAAGGUACCUGGACAAUAGUAUGUUAUGCUCACUGCCCUCGCCGGACACAGGGACCCCCUAUUGCAUCACUAGCGUGUGUGCCAUCAGAAACACACGCCGACGGAUGGAAGAUCGGCACGUAGUUGUACAUGAUUUGAAUACGAUGUUCAACAUUCAGGAAGCAAGUCCGUCCAGUUACUACGCAGUAUUCGAUGGUCACGCGGGCCACGAUGCUGCUGCCUAUAGCUCAGCUCAUUUGCAUCAGUUCCUUGCCGAAAAUAAAUGUUUUGCUUCAAAUCCGAAACAAGCCUUGCUAGAUGCCUUUUGUAAAACAGAUGCUUUAUUUAUUGAUAAGUGCAAAGUCGAACACUUUUCCAGUGGAACUACUGCCGUUGUUGCAUUAUUGCGUCCCAAAGAGAAAAUGUUAUAUGUAGCAUGGGCGGGAGACUCCCAAGCUGUAUUAGUGAGUAGAAGAAGGGCCGUGCAAAUUGUAAAUCCACACAAACCUUGCAGAGAGGAUGAACGAGAAAGAAUAGAAAAACGUGGAGGUUGUGUUAUAAUGUGGGGUACGUGGAGAGUUAAUGGUCAGUUAGCAGUAUCCAGAGCAAUAGGUGAUCCAGAGUACAAACCUUUUGUCAUUGCCGUUCCAGACAUCCAGGAAAUAAUGUUAGAUGGUGAUGAUUUCUUAGUAUUAGCUUGUGAUGGUUUAUGGGAUAUCAUUUCCGAAGGGACUGUUGCCAGGACCGUCUAUAAUUUAGUCACAGAAAAUCCAGACGACACAGACAGAAUCAGUCAGCGCCUAGUCCAUUUAGCCAAAGAACAAGGCUCGACCGACAACAUCUCUGUGAUAGUGGUGUUUUUACGAGAACCUUCUAAAAUAGCAGCGGAAGCCCACUGGGCGAACCGCAAUUUAGUUCCUGUAACCAUGGAGGCGAGCCUCGACAAUUCAAAUAACCCCUUCGGCAUGUCCAACGGCGCCAACACUGACAAUAUCAUUACGCAAAAAUCAGACGGCCUAUUACUGAACCUUACGGAUAACUAUAAACAAAACGGUACCGAUUUACAAACUUCCGACUUCUUUUCAACCGAAAAGUCAAACGGAAAACGAUCGGCUUCAGAUUUCGAUGACGAGGAUUUCGGACCUGAAACAGAUGUUGAUGCUUUAGAUGACCUUCUUUCACCAGGGCCUAAAGAAUCUAUUGCAAAGAACUUCUCGGACGCCUUUUCGCCAUCUCCAAACAACAAUCUCUUAGGAGAUGAAGGUGUGUUUAACCCAUUCAUGGAACACCAAGAAAAAGCAGCACUCGAAAUGGAGAAGAGCUUACGGAAACGAGAAAGCAGAGAUGAAUUCGAAGAGGAGGAAAGAUUGGCAAGGGAAGAAACGCCUACUCCACCUGCAGAUGCCGUUCACGAUGUUAGUGGGCUAGUGGAAAACCAAGCUGAUAGCGAAUCCGAAGACGAGUGGAAUUACUUCAAAGGCGACGAAGCGAAUAAAGAAAACGUUUCGCCGCAGCAAGAGAAAGAGGUUGCUGACAUCCCCGAAGAGGACGAUACAAUGUCUCAGCUGAACCCGAAUGCUGCAGAAUUUGUUCCAGUAUCACCGACGAGGAGUGUUCCAUCUCCCACUUGUCGCAUGCUAAUGAACGACCAAAUCGUAUCACAAUCGCCUUGCAAAGCAAAAGAUGUAGAUAUCAACGUGCCUAAUCCUAAAGAGUUCGCAAAGGAAGUGAAAUCCAGACCUAGUGAAAUCGAUACCAAUGGCCAUGAAAAUAUGGAGAACAUCUUAAAUGGUAAAAAUAUCGACGAAAUCCCUGAGUUCCAACCAGUCACCACACCAAAAAAGGUUUUCCAAAACGAUGAAUUUCACUUUGGCCCUAAUGCUGCUCCUUUUACUCCCAAACUUUUAGACCAAUCUGAAGCUUUGUCGACUAAGGCCGUUUAUGGCGAUGAAUCAACGGCCACUCUUGAGAGUACGUUUAAUGACUCAAGUCAAGACUUGCAUAUUUUAAACAAAGAAUCAGAUCCUAUGUCCAUGUCCUUCUAUGCAGAUAAGGGUGAAUCUAAUCCUUUCGAUUUAAAUAAAGUUCAACUACUGCCUGAUAAUCUCGAUGAUUUCUUGAACAAACCGGAUAACGAUAAUUUCAAUGAAACCAUCUCGGAUUUACCUGAACACACACCUUUAGAUGAGCGCAAAAAUAACGAUGACGCAAUACAAAUUACGGAUUUAGAUAAACAAUCAUAUGAUGAUGAAAAAGAGCUUGCCUCACCUUUAGAACCGGAAAGAGAACUAUUAACCACAGAAGAGACUGAUUUUGCCAAAACUCCUGAACCUACACAUGAAAAUUUAUUGGGAGAGUUUUGUUGCAUACCCAAAAAAGAAGAACCAGCAGACCUACCCGCAGAUGUAGAACUUAUUUCACCCGUUCCAAACGAUUUUAAUAAAUCAAGCGAAGCUAUCGAAGUUAGUGAUCUAUUAAAAUCCGAUGUAGUGACUUUACCAGCUGACGUGGAGUUGGUACCGGAAGAUAUCUUAAAUAAAUCGUCUGUCCAUGAUGAUUUGCCCAGUAAUGAGUCCCCAUUAACAGAUCCAAUUUCUGAACCCAUUAGUCACAGCCCCCAACCGACACUAGAGGAGUUUGCACGCGUAGAAUCAGCAGUAAGUGACGACUUAGGCAUUUCCGAAAGGCCUAUUUCAUCUGAUCUUCAAAAAGAACUUCUAGCAAGUCCUUUACCUGCAGCUCUUUCGCCAGAACCGCACAAAGAGGCUAUUGGAAGUCCUUCUCCAAGUCCUCUUUCACCAGAACCACAUAAAGAAUCUGUGAGUCCUUCUCCAAGUCCCCUUUCGCCGGAACCGCAGGAAGAAGCCCUUAGAAGUCCUUCUCCAAGUCCUCUUUCGCCCGUGCCGCAGAAAGAAGUUCUUGAAAAUCCUUCACCGAGUCCUCUUUCUCCAGAACCACAGAAAGACGCUCUUCAGCAUGCUUCUCCAAUUCCUUUAGUGCAAGAAACUCAAAAGGAAGACAUUGAAUUUUCGUCAGAACCAUUUAGUGGAGUAGAAGCAGGAAGUACUUCCCCAGUUCUGGCACUAAACAAAGAAGAUUUGCUGGCAAGUCCGUCUCCUCGUCCUCUAUCAUCAGAACCUCAAAUAGAUCACGUGGUUAGUUCAUCCCCAGUUCCUAAUUUGUUGCCCCCAUCUCCUAAACCUGUUUGUAGACUUCCACAAGAAUUAUAUCAAGGUUUGGAGGAAGCUAAAUCUCCCGAAUGUGAUAGUUCGGAUGUUGCUGAUCCUGAACCAAAACCGGUUUCGCCACUACUAUCUGCCGAAGCCAAAUCUUCCGAUUUCAGUAAAUCAGAGAAAAUUGAUUUGUCCAUAACUCCCGAACCAAUACCAGAACACUUUAAACUUGAAUAUCCUGUAGGUGAGCCAAAAUCUUCUGUUUGUGAUUUAUCCGAACCUAAAUCUCCAAUACAAGAAGUAUCACAGUUCCCUGAUUCUACAGAAGAAAAAUUAUUAGAUGAAGCCCAACAACGAUUCGAAGACUUAUGUCAACCUAUAGAAUCUCCUGAAGAUGUCACUUCUUCUGUUAAGGACGAUUUAUCAUCCCCAGUACAGGAUCUUCAGAGUAAAUCACCUGUUGAAGAUCAAGUAAUUAAUGAUAGUUUUGUUAAAGAAGCUGUGGUUGAAGUUCAUGCUUCCAAAGAAUCUGAGGAACAGCAACCUCCUCUGAUAGAACCAGAAAUUCUAGAGCCAAUUCCUGCAAAUCUUACACAUAUGGAUAUUCCCGAAUUGGUAAUGCCUCCUCCAAAAAUGUGUGUCUACCCAUUGAAGGUACAAGAACUUCCAGAAAUUCCACUAGACGUAAAGACUGAAACUAUUUCUCCAGAAUUCGCCGAACCAACGAUGGUGACGCCGUCCGAAGAGAGUAAAGCGGACGAUUUGGUUUCUUCAACAUUAGAUGAAGCUGUCAAAGAACCGUCGACGGAAGAACAGAAAAUGGCUGAAGAGUUACAAAAAGAAAUGAUUGGUAUCGGUGUUGUCUCUGCAGUAGCUGCCGGAGCUGCCAUCACAGCUGUUGUAUCAGCAACAAAGGCGGAAGACAAGAAGAAGUCUCCAAGUGCUGCUGCUAAAAAACCUGCAAGUCCCAAAACAAUGACAGCCAACAAGAGCCCAGCUGUAGCUUCUAAAACUACAUCAAAAUUGACCCCUACAUCAACCAAGCAGGCUGGAAGCAAAACACCCGCAACAAAAGCUCCAACACCAAAGAUUGGAUUAACUAAAUCACCUGCAACUACUACAGCCGCCCCAAAAGUUAGUCAGAGACCCACAUUAUCUAAAACACGAACAACACCAGCUACAAAAACAGUUCCACCAAAACCGGCAGAUAAAUUGGCAAAUGGUGAUGUCAAGAGUACAUUUAGGAGCACAAUGCCAGUUAAAAAGACAGUUUCAGAAACAAAUGGCACCAAGACUUCAACUUCAAGACCAGCUACUGCAUCUAAGGUAAGCUUGAGUCAAAAACCGGCCGCCAAACCAGCUACUACAGCUCCAGCCUCUAAGACGACCAUUCCACCACGUUCAGUACCAUUAACUGCUAGAUCUGCACCGACUGCAAAGAGACCAACGACUUUAACAAGCAAAACCACCACUUCAACCUUGUCUGCAGACAAAACGUCAAGCGCAACUAAGCCAAGUUUGACGAAGACCUCUCCAAAAUCGACCAAUGUUCCUCCAAAGACGACCUCAACCUUGUCAAAACCAAGAGUUCCACUAACAAGAACCGUCGCCAAAGCACCUCCAGACACAGAAAAGCAAAUCAAAGAAAGCGCCAACAAAAUAACGGCGUCACGUUCCGUUACUAGCGCUAAAACUGUUGGAGGAUCUGCGUCUACUGUGAAAAGUACUUUAGCUUCCACUCGCAGAGUUGAAAGCAAGGUUAGCAGCACACGAACGACAACUGUAACGAAAACGAGUACGACCACAAUGAAAUCGACCACAGCCAAAAAGCCAGCUGAACUUGUAAAAGGCCCCAUAACCAAAACCAAAACAACCAAAAUAGAAAAGCCUAAAGAAAAUGGAAUCUCUACCGUAGUAACGGAAGAAAUAACCGUAGUAAAUAACACUAACGCCGUCAUCGACAACCAGAUUGAUAGUCAACCUGAAUUGAUGAAAGACAAUUCCCCAAUUGAUAACAAACUACUUAUUGAGACUACUCAACUUGUUGAAACUAACGCAGACUGA